AUGAAGUUUUUGGCUUUGAUUUCUGGAGGCAAGGAUUCAUUUUUCAACUUACAACAUUGUAUAUCUCAGGGACAUGAAUUAAUAGCUUUGGGUAAUUUGCAUCCCGUCGUUGCUGGUCAAGAUGAAAUCGACUCAUUCAUGUUUCAAACUGUAGGACACGAUGUGAUUUCUUCGUAUGCCAAAUGUUUGGAUGUGCCGCUUUAUAGACAAGCCAUUACUGGUCUGUCUUCAAAUCAGAAUCUUGAGUAUCUGUAUACCAAGGGAGAUGAAAUCGAGGACCUUUUUCAACUAAUUUCGCAUGUACAAAAAACUCACCCCGAUCUCGAGGCUGUCAGUUGUGGUGCUAUUCUUUCACAUUAUCAAAGAACAAGGGUCGAGAAUGUGUGCGGACGUUUGAAUUUGACUUCUUUGACGUAUCUAUGGCAAAGAGACCAAAACGAAUUGAUGUUGGAGAUGUGCCAAGCUGGUCUCGACGCGAGACUUGUUAAGGUUGCAGCAAUUGGUUUGAAUGCAACGCAUCUAGGCAAGCUGUUGAACGAGGUUUAUCCACAAUUGGUUAGACUAAACCAAAUGUAUCAAGUGCAUAUUUGUGGAGAAGGAGGAGAAUUUGAAACCAUUGUCUUGGAUAGUCCAGCUUUUAAGCACAAACGAUUGGAGUUUACAGAUCAGCAAGUAGUAAAACACUCUCUGGAUGUUAUUUAUUUAAAGUUUGGCGUUAAAGUAGUGGAAAAACAAAGAGAAGAUGAAAAUGUUUUGGCUUUGGAAGCACCGCCAUUAUUGGAAGAAAAUUGGCGUGAAAUAUACGAUAAUCAUCAAAACCAAGAACAAGCAAUAGGAAAAUUUGAACAAACUCUGGAUGAGCAAAGUCUUGAAUCUCCAUUACCACCGCCAACAAACAUUUGUGAAACUUUUAAUAGGCUCUUCAUCAAUAAUUUGACACCAAAUGAAACAACAGAUGUUUCCUCCCUUUCUCUUGAAGAACAAACAAGAAAUGUUUUUAACCGAUUAAUCAAGAUUUUAAAUGAAAACAAUCUUUCGUUGAAUGACGUCCAGCAUGUUGACUUGCUACUUUCUGAGAUGGCCUCAUUUAACGAUGUAAAUAAAGUAUACGGUUCUUUUUUUGCAAAUAUCUAUCUUCCGCCAUCGCGGAUAUGUGUUGAAACAAACAUAUCAACAAAACUACAACUAUCAUGUGUUGUGCUCAAAAGCAAGAAGAAAAACAUGGACAAUGGCAACAGCAUAGGGACUGAUAAGCUAGGAAUUCAUGUUAGAUCAAGAUCAUUUUGGGGGCCUCAAAACAUUGGACCUUAUUCGCAAAGUAUUGUUGAUGCUAAUCUGACUUUUAAAUUGGCUAGUUUAUCAGGACAAAUUCCCUUAAUUCCAGCAACAAUGGAAUUGUCAACUUCUGGUAUUUUCUUUAAUUCGAUACUAUCGAUGCAGCAUUUGUCUAGGGUUCAGAAUAUGGUAAAUGUAACGAAUCCGGCUGCUAUUGUUUGUUUCAUCACUAAUCUGAAAGCUUUAGAGUUUGUGCGUUUGACUUGGAGUCACUACUUGGAAAACAUUGGAAAGUCAGCUUCGGAGAAUGGACUUGUUAUCGUCGAAGUAAAAUCCUUACCUCGUGGGGCUAAUGUUGAAUGGGGUGGUUUUGCAUUUGAAGAGAUACAAUCAAUGUACGAAGACGAAGACGAUAAUGAUGAUGAUGAUGAAGAAGAAGAAAAUGGUGCUGAAGGUAGUGCCAACGAGACUAAGAUUAAACACAAAGUGUUAUCUACCUCAUCCAAACCGUUAAGCUCUAUUCUUGAAACAAUUGAACACAAAGCUGUUUGCUCAAUUGCUAAAGCUACAUACAAUUUUCAUGUUGCAUUUACAUCUGAUCUAGAAAAAAUAGAGCAAAUUAUGAGAGUGCCAGAGUUGCAGGUUCAAAUUUAUGCAUCUCAGCCACUAAAGACUAUAUCUGGAGAAUUCAUUCCAGUACGAAAAGUGUACAGUCAUUCUGGCGAGAGUUUUGAUUUCUGUGUAGUAUGUAGAGAAGAACUUUUGAGCAAUAAAUGA